UGCAUAAAUUCCUUGAUUGGGCACUUGAACUACCCGAUGUCUAUAUUCUAACCAUCACCCAAAUGCUGCAAUACAUGACCGACCCAAAGGAGUUGCGUGACAUCAACACCAUCGAAUCAUGGAAGUGCGACAAAAGCGUUGCUGUUGCACCAAAGCCAUGCAACAUUUGGAAUACCUGUGCGCUGCCCUUCAAGAUACCCGAACAGAAUGUAACGGACACACGCUACAUGGAGACUUGCCGCGAAUGUCCCAAUGUCUAUCCAUGGUUGGGUGAUGCCGGUGGUACUGGCAUUUCAGGACGUGACAAUUACAUUUUCUCUGGGCCAGCGAGCGCUGGCGAUGGCGAGGGUGAUGAUGCUGGCAGUGAUGAUGAGAAUUAGAGCGCAAUGGAGGAUAGUAGCAGCAGUGCAGUACGUACGUAUGUAUGUAUGUAGGUGGUUGAAAAGGUGCGCUAAGCUAGUGUAAGCUGUAAUCAACCUAAAAAGUUUUAAGGGUCAGGUGACAAGUGUCAACUGACAGCUGCUGUUAACUGUCAAUUGCCAACUACAUACAUACAUACAUGAGUGUGAAGUGUUUUGUGUUUACCUUUGUAGUUUUGUGUUUGGUUUUGUUAUCUUCUAUAGGUAUUUUUUAAUUUGUUAAAUUUUCCAUCAUUUAUUAAAUGUGCCAAUUAGUGUUUACAUAACAGUUUUACUGUUAUCCCUGCUUUAAUGUCUCAAUGCGAUAGCUCUUUUCGAACGUACUUUUUUCAAAAUUGUUUUUAAUUUAAUUUUG